AUGUCAGAACCUCCCAUUAUGACUGAUCUGAGGAUAGUUCUGGUGGGGAAGACUGUAGCAGGGAAGAGUGCAACAGGAAACACCAUCCUGGGGAGAGAGGUCUUUCAAACGGAGGCUUCUCCAGUGUCUGUGACUGCACAGAGUGAGAAACAGAGUGGAGUGGUGGAUGGGAGGAAGAUUGAUGUCAUUGACACCCCGGGGCUCUAUGACACAACAAUGUCUAAAGAAGAGAUGAAAAGUGAGAUAGAAAAGGCCAUCUACAUGUCAGUCCCAGGACCCCAUGCCUUCCUGCUGGUGAUCAGACUGGGGAGGUUCACAGAGGAGGAGAGGAACACUGUGAAGUGGAUCCAGGAGAACUUUGGAGAAGAAGCAUCAAUGUACACCAUCAUUCUGUUCACUGGUGGAGACCAGCUGGAGGGUAAAUCAGUGGAGGAGUUUCUGAAACAGAGCCCAGAGUUACGGAGGCUUGUCACAAGCUGUGGAGGCAGAUAUCACUCCCUAAUUAAUGACAAGAGAAAAGACAACACUCAGGUUAGAGAGCUGCUGGAGAAGAUCGAGGAGAUGGUGGAGGAGGACAAUGGAGGAGAACACUACACCAGUGCUGACUAUGAAGAGGCUCAGAGAAAGAUCAGAGAGGAUAAUAUGUUUUACUGUAAACUGGCAGCGUACGGCAGUCUAGCCACAGCAGGACUAGGUAUGGUGUCUGCUUCACCAGUAUUGGUGGCAGCAGGUGUAGCUGCAGGCUUCAGCCAAGGGUUUGAAUGCACUAAGAAGAUGCUAGGCUUUUAA